UUCGGAGAGCGGAGUUCCGGCGGUGUAGUUUCGGGACCGAUGAGUGUUCUAGGUGAAGUACUUUUCAACGCCACGCGAAAAGGGGGACUUGGAGGGAAGACGGCAUCGUCUGACUUCUGAGAAGGUGUUCUGCCAGGUGUGGCUGCGGACGGGUGUUCCCCAGCAGGGGAAUCAGCCCCGGAGAACAUAUACAGUAAUGUCAUCUCAAAAGAGAGUUAAGAAAUCUCAAGCUCAAAAGAGGACUUCACGAGGUGGUAAUAGUUCUCAGACUAAUCUCUCAGCUUGGAAAGUAAAAGAGGACCUAAACAACUCAAAGAGCAUUUCGAAACAUAGACGGAGCAAUCCCAUGGAAGAUUGUGAACAUGUGGAUGGUCAAACAGAAGAUGCUCUCCAAACAGCAAUGAGGUACUUUGAGACAGGUCCCACUAAAACUGCACAGAGUAAAGAUAAAACCUUGGAAAAACACUUGAAAACUGUGGAAAAUGAGGCUUGGAAGAAUGGGUUAGCUCCAGAAGGAAUUGACAUUCUAUUAAAUGUGGCGGUUAGUGGCAAAUUUGGGACUGCUGUAAACACUCGAAUGUUAAAGUGCAUGAUUCCAGCAACGCUAAUAUCAGAAGACUCUGUGGUGAAGGCAGUCUCCUGGCUUUGUGUUGGCAAGUGUUCUGGUAGCACCAAGGUACUUUUUUAUCGUUGGCUGGUUGCAAUGUUUGACUUCAUAGAUCACAAGGAGCAACUUAGUUUGCUCUAUGGCUUCUUUUUUGCUUCAUUGCAAGAUGACACACUUUGCCCUUAUGUCUGCCAUUUGUUGUAUUUACUUACCAAGAAAGAGAAUGUUAAACCAUUUCGUGUGAGAAAACUGCUUGAUCUUCAAGCCAAAAUGGGAAUGCAGCCGCAUCUCCAGGCUUUGUUGACACUGUAUAAGUUCUUUGCUCCUACUUUGAUUUCUGUAUCUUUGCCUAUAAGGAAGAAGAUCUAUUUUAAGAAUUCAGAGAAUCUGUGGAAGACAGCUUUAGUUGGUGUGAGGCAAAGGAACCAAAUACCAUCCCUGGAGCCUCUAAAAUUGGUACUAGGUGCAGCUAAUUACCAUCCAAUAAAAAGAAAAUGGAAUUCUCACUCAGUUAUACCAGGGCUAAGUUCCAGUAGCUGCAGUAAAGAAUGUGGGAAAAAAGAGAUGAGUCUUUCUGAUUAUCUCAGUAGCAAUGCAUCAUUUCCACUAGAACAGCUGAAAAGCUUCCCUCAACUCUUAAAGAACAUCCAUUGCUUAGAGUUGCCUUCUCAGAUGGGUGCAGUGCUGAAUAACUCUCUCCUGCUUCACUAUAUUAACUGUGUCAGAGAUGAGUCAGUCUUACUGAGGUUCUAUUACUGGUUGAGUCAAACAUUACAAGAAGAAUGUAUUUGGUACAAGGUGAAUAAUUAUAAACAUGGAAAAGAAUUUGCUGACUUCCUGGACACGAUCAUCAGGGCAGAAUGUUUCUUACAAGAGGGAUUUUAUUCCUGUGAAGCUUUCCUGUAUAAGAGCCUUCCUCUCUGGGAUGGCUUCUGUUGUCGGUCACAGUUACUUCAACUUGUGAGCUGGACUCCUUUUAGUAGCUUCUCUGAGGUGAAACCACUUCUCUUUGACCACCUAGCACAGCUGUUUUUUACAUCCACCAUUUAUUUCAAGUGUAGUGUUCUUCAGAGUCUGAAAGAGCUACUGCAGAAUUGGUUGUUGUGGCUUUCUAUGGACACCCACAUGAAACCAAUAAUGAACAGUCCCUUAGAAACAACUUUAGGUGGCUCAAUGAACUCUGUGUCUGAACUGAUUCACUAUGUGGGGUGGCUGUCCACGAUUGCAAUGCGCUUGGAAAACAACAGUACUUUCUUGCUGCACUUUAUUUUGGAUUUCUAUGAGAAGGUGUGUGACAUAUAUGUAAAUUAUAACCUUCCGUUAGUGGUGUUGUUUCCUCCUGGGAUCUUCUAUCCUGCACUUCUCAGCAUGGAUCCUAGUAUCCUGAACCAACUCUGUUAUAUUAUGCACAGGUAUCGUAAAAAUUUGACUGCUGCAAAGAAAAAUGAGUUGGUGCCAAAGACAAAAUCAGAGUUCAAUUUCAGCAGCAAGACCUAUCAAGAAUUUAAUCACUAUCUGACAGCUAUGGUGGGUUGCCUAUGGACAUCCAGACCCUUUCACAAAGGAAUAUGUAUUGACUCCAAAAUCUUAGAAAAAGCUGGAGUAGCAGAGUAUAAAAGCAGUUUGAAUUUAGUCCAUCAUCCUGCUCUACUGAGUUAUGCUGUUUCCUUUCUGCUACAGGAAUGGCCAGAUGAAAGGACAGUAAACAUGAGCUCUAUUCAGGGAAAGAAAUGGAACUGGUAUUUGGACUAUUUGUUUUCAGAGGGAUUACAAGGCUUAAAGCUUUUCAUAAAAAGUAGUAUUCAGCGUUCUUCUGACCCCUAAUCAGAGAUCAGCCAUGUGAUCAACAGUAUAUGAAUGGCAUAAACAAACUGAGCAUAAGGACUAAAUUCCU